GAUCGGUUCAACGUGUGCGUGUGGCCCACGAACAUUGAGGUGCGGGACAGCGGCAACCCGUUCUUUGCUCCCGGCUUCCACGGCAAUUUGUGGGAGUCAAACGAUCUCGUUUUCGAUUACGUCAUCGUCCGCCCGUACGUGUGCGCCGAGGUUGUGGCCACUUGCGUCGGCCACGACGAUCGCGCGCUCGCCUCGCCAGCCGCGAUCGCGAGAUCUUGCCCCGUCUGCGAUCUCCCCGAUCGGUCUGACGCGGGCAGUUGCAGAUCGACGAUGCUCGUUGUGAUCGGCCCGAUCGAUCUGCCGCGGAUAGUGGCUGGCAUAUCUGCGAUGCGCGAUGUCGCCCUGCGGUGGGCACUGAGCCGCACGUGCAUCGUGGCGUUCACGUGCCGCGAUUUCCCAGGAUGGGCCCAUGCGGCGGAG